AUGUUUGUAUUUCCUGCGUUGAACUCCAGUUUCAAGUCCAGGAAACGAACCUUCCGAUGCUGUGACCUGUGCCGCUCCAAACGAACCAAGUGUGAUAUCACAGGCGUCAAUUUCGAAGUGGAGGGAUGUGGGAACUGUCGAAAACAUGGCUGGAAGUGCAGUUUUAUCAAGGAAAGGACCGUCAAAAUCGAGCCAACCGACGAUUCCGUAGAUAGGGGGUCUUGGAAUUUCAAUAGUGAGCCCAUAAGUUCCCCGGUGCCACUGUUUGAAGAGUUAGUUCCUAAUGACAUGAAGAAGGUCAACGUUGACUUCUUGAGAGAGAAGUUUAAUUUCCACACGUCAGCUUUCAACUCAGACUCGUCGUACCAGUACGUGUACCAGGAGCAUCCGAUGGCCAUCAUGAAUGCCAAAACCAACGAUGAUCUGGUCUGGCACCAGUCAGGUGUGGUAGUGGACAUGGACGCCAAAAAUUCUCUGUAUAAGCUCCAGGGCUUUGGAGGUCGCCCGGUGACCAACCACAUUUCCAACAGGAACACAUACAAGUAUUUACUUCUGAUUCAUGCGUUCACGCUUUCAAGUCCGGAAUUCACCUUUCGUGACAACGAAGUCACCAAGCUUUUGGAGAUCUACUUUUUCAAGAUAAACUCCAUAUUCCCCAUAGUGCACGAGAAGCGUUUCUGGGACGAUUAUAGGGAGAACAAGGCCAAUUCGAUCUUGAAGUACGCCAUAAUAUUGGCAGUACUGCGUGACAAAAUGGCGGAGCCCAUCUUACGGCGAGUUUUGCUUCGAGGUAAAAAUUUCUUGAGCCAGUCUUCAAGAUCACUUGACCAAUAUCCAGAAACGGAGUUUUUGGAGGAUUUCAAUUACUUUUUAGAGGAGCUAGAGACAAAGAUCCGCCAGAUCAACCUCAUUCUUCCCAAGUUGGGAGAUGUCGAAAAGCUCACCAAGCUCGUGGUGCUCUUAUUGCUCACAAUGCAUUACCGAGCAGACAGACUUGGUAACGAACAGAACUCUCAUGAUUUAACCGCGGCUAUCAAUUUGGGAGUUUCAAUGGGUAUUCACAUGAAGCCUGAGAAUUCCAUUGUAUCGGAAGAACGCAUCAAGUACUCCACCAAUCUUUGGUGGUGCUGCUUCAUUCUAGAUCGCUUCAACGCCGUCACCAACAGUCGAUGUCUCUUUAUCAACCAGGACGAUUUCAAUAUUGAUGUUCCUUACUCUAACAUUAAUUUGCUAAGGAUGGUGCAAAGGGCGCGUGUAUUAGAGAAUAUGUUGCUGACCAUCUACCGACCCAACAUCCGAGCAAACAAUCUCACUAGUGAUGUCAAAUCACGGUUAGAGAUUUUCAACUUGGAUGAGUUUCGGGUCUCUGAGUUCGACUACUGUGAUAAAGAAAUUGCCUCGGGCUCGCCGAUGUUCACCACUCCUCCUGAUACAAACCUUUCAAACGAGGACUUGGAAAGGUAUGUAUCUGAUACAAUGAGAUUUAUGACCCGAAUUAUCAACAAUUUGGUAAUUAUAGUCUCACAGAAAACAAGAUUUAGCAACCCUGCGAUCGAUAAUCUGAUACCUCGCAAGGACAUGAUCAAGGCCGGAGCCAAUUUGCUCUGGUACAUUAGACAACUUGACGAGAGGCUCAUGAUCAACAUUCCAAUGAUCACAUGGGCUUUGAGCAUUUCUAUGGCGUCGUACUUGAAGGUGCAAGCCAUGUCAAUUUUGCAUAACAAGGCAAAACCGAAUGUCGAAAGCAUUGUUCCUCACUACGAGCUCGAAGACUUCUUGUGUGAAAUGAAGAAGUACAAGGGUAAGUGGUGGAUUGUAGAUGAGCUCUAUAACUUAACCAGUGACUUCAUGGCCAAGCUUGAGCUGUCUUCAAAGAGGAAUGGAGAGCAUGAGUUUACUCUCCCCGAACCCAAAAGAGCUAAGACUGUCUCUGAUACUGAGAAUGUCAAGUUGCAAUCAAACGUCCUCUCUCGAACGCUGUCCAUACCAUCGAUUCAGAACAUUAUCCAUGCAUCCAACAACUACAAUUCACCCACCGAUAUUGUCAAUACGUGGGAAAUUUCAUCGGUUAGUACCAACGAGUAUGACAAGUUCUUUGAAUCCAUGCAUGUGGAUAUCUUCGAUAAUGAAUUCUUUAAAGACUUGCCGAAUGUCAUCAAUACGUUAUAA